UUAAACAACGUACGUAGGCUGUACUAAUUUUUUUAUGAAAGGAGCAAAAACAAUAAGCAAUAAGCAAAAAGUGUAACAAAAAUAGUUCAAAGUAUGGCUCAGUCAACAAAUAUAAAAGUUGUGGUGCGCGUGCGCCCCUACAAUAGGCGGGAAACAGAACAAAAUCAAAGAUGCAUUAUAAAAGUAAUGGACAGAUCCUCCCUGCUGUUUGAUCCAGACGAAGAGGACGAUGAAUUCUUUUACCAGGGCUCUAAACAGCAAUACAGGGAUAUUUCAAAGCGUACCAACAAGAAACUUUCAAUGGAAUUUGAUCGUGUUUAUGACAUUGAUCGCACCAAUGAGGAUAUGUUUAAUGAAUGUACAGCGCCGCUGGUCGACGCUGUGUUAGAUGGGUACAAUUGCUCGGUGUUUGUUUACGGCGCAACAGGAGCAGGCAAAACUUUUACGAUGCUGGGCAACGAAGGUUGUCCUGGACUCACAUUUCUGACUAUGCGUUACCUGUUUCAAAAAGUUCAGGAGCAACAGGAGACACGCAAAUUUGAUGUGGGUGUCAGCUAUUUGGAAGUAUAUAAUGAGCAGGUGCGCAAUCUAUUAACCAAAAGCAAUCCACUGAAGUUACGCGAGGAUUCAAAUGGUGUGGUGGUCAGUGGCUUGGUACUCACACCCAUACACAGCGCCGAGGAGCUGCUACGGAUGCUGACAAUUGGCAAUGCAAAUCGCACACAGCAUCCCACAGAUGCCAAUGCGGAGAGUUCGCGUUCCCAUGCGAUCUUUCAAGUGCACAUUAGGAUGACAGAUCGCAAAACGGGCGCCAAGCGUAGUGUGAAGCUGUCUAUGAUUGACUUGGCAGGCAGUGAGCGUGCCGCGAGCACCAAAGGUCUCGGCAUGCGCUUCAAAGAGGGCGCCAGCAUUAACAAGAGUCUUCUGGCCUUGGGCAAUUGCAUUAAUAAGCUAGCCGAUGGGCUUAAACAUAUACCAUAUCGUGAUUCAAAUUUGACACGCAUCCUUAAGGACUCGCUAGGCGGUAAUUGUCGCACGCUUAUGGUGGCCAAUGUAUCUAUGAGCUCGCUCACCUAUGAGGAUACCUACAAUACCCUCAAGUACGCCAGUCGUGCCAAGAAGAUUCGCACGGUGCUGCGUCAGAACAUGCCCAAAUCCAACAUGCCCAAGGAGUUCUAUGUGAAGAGGGUCACCGAGCUUAUGUGCGAACAUGAGCGCUUAGUCGAGCUUAACAAGCUGCUGGAGGCAAAGCUUACGCAGCUGGAACACGCCGGCACAGGUUGCGGCUACGAUCAGAAGGAGCUCAAGCCUUGGUACAGCAAAAUUGAUGCUGUAUAUGCUGCGGUUAUCAAGUUGCAACAUUGUGUCAUUGGCCUUAAAAGCAAAAUACUGAGCUUGAGCUGUAGGCAAACGCUCAAAAAGGACUUUGAACAACUGCGCAAAGUGCUGUCGCUGGGACAACGAAUGUUGCAAGAGGACUAUAACAUGUUCCACAGCUAUGUCAAUGCCUUAGGCAGCAAAAGCCAAGAAUAUACCGAAGAGCUGCCGCGCUGGCGCAGCAAGCUGGAAGCUGCCUGUGUGGAAUUGAAGAAAUUGAAGCACGAAGUGAAAAAUUCCAAAUAUCGUGAAGUCUUGGCUUUGUACAUGCGUAACAAGGAUCUGGAGCUGCAGCUUUCCAGGCAGCACAUAAAUGUCAACCAUGUGACGGGCAUACAAAAUGAAAGAACUGAAAAUUCAGAUCUGCUGCGUAAAUGCUUUUCCAUGGCUUGUGAGUUGCUGCAUCAAAUGUAUGAUCGCCUGGAGGAUACACAAAAGCUAACGCCAGAUAUGCAGAAUGUAUAUGAGCGACUUGAGCGCAAGAUGCGUUUUACUGAAGCGGAGACAACAACAGCUAUUGCGCAGGAUGCUGAACUAGAUGCGCUGUUGGCCGAGGACGACGAGCAAGAGAUGGAAACAGAACCCAGAGCAUUGACUAGCAGCGCUAAAAAGCGCGCACGCACUAAACGCUACACACAAACGCUAAGCAACAGCGACAGUGUGCUACAUCUGGGCAUCGAAGGCUGCGACGAGACAGACUCUGAGGAAGAUAUGGAUACGGAAGCAGAGGGUAAUGUGUUCAAGAAACCUUGCAAUCUCAAUGUCACACAUGCUGUGCCCAAUCUCAAUGUAACGCAAGUUGUGCCCAAUCUGAAUGCAACACAAGUGAUUGCACGGCAGAAAGUGCUGACAGCGACAAUUACCAAGCCACGCACUGUUAAUCCCCGCAUGCUGUCCGAUAUGCUCUCCGAGCAGAAUGUAAGCGGUUCUUCGGAAAAGAUGAAGCAAGCGCUGCUCAAAUCUAGCAAAUUCACGACACAAGAACUCCAACGCACGUGUGCGGCAGCUAUACAAAAGGAGAAUCUCAAGUACACCGGCAAUCAUGUCAGAAAAAGUCCACGUGCGCUUAUGGCCAAAACACUUGCUGGAGGCGCAGCGGCAUUACGCAAGCCCAUUUCCCGCCUCGCUGGAACACUUGGGUCUAGCAGCAAGGAGGCGCCAGUGGUUCGCAUAAAUAGAGCAGCCUCAUUUCGCGUAAAGAAACAAUAACACAAUCUUGAUUUUAAUUUGCACAAGUUUGAAGUGUUUAUUUUAUAAUUUAACUAUUUUUGUGCGCUUUUGUCUAACCCUAGUUAUAA